AUGUCGGCUAGUUUUGAUUUGGGCGUCGAAUUUGGGUCUCCAUUGUUGAAAAGCUGUUUCCAAUCUUCAUCUUCAACGUCGUCGUUUUCUGGUCACUGCAUGCAAUUGGGCCUCUGCUGUGCUCUCCAGCAGAGAACUCUGUUUUUCUCCCCAGCUGUUUCGAUGCGUUUGAGGCCCAAAAGAGAGAGAAAAAAAGAAGAAGAUUCUAUGCCUGAGCCGCGAAAACAGAUUCCAUUGAACCAGCCAACAAUGAGCCGAAAAAUUCGGGCCAAGCCCGAACCCGCCCGACCCAUGAAAAAGAUCCGCAUAAUCUGCAACGACCCCGACGCCACCGACUCAUCUGACGAAGAACAGCAGGCCCACGUGGGCCAAAAGAAGGUCAAACGGAUGGUCCACCAGAUUUCCUUCCCUAUCCCCCAUCCGGGCCCACCUGGAAAGAAGAAAUUGAGGAGAAGCCUCGUCAAAAAGACGGUUUUGCCCCCGGAGGCCUCGAGCAAGUUUCGCGGGGUCCGCAUGCGCAAGUGGGGCAAGUUUGCGGCCGAGAUCCGCGACCCGAUCAAGCACAAGCGCAUAUGGCUAGGCACUUACAGCACCGCCGAGGAAGCCUCCCGAGCUUACGAGCUCAAGCGGGUCGAGUUCGAGACCCUGGCCCGCUCGCCACUUGUCACGAUUUGCUCUACGAGUGUGAACAAGCCACAAAACGAGGUCGCCUGCGUGUCCGAUGGCUCGAGCGCGAGUCGCGAGUCGAUUAUCUCCCGAUCCUCACCGUCGUCCGUGUUAGAAUUGGAUUGCAUGACUUUGGGUUUGGGUAACGAUAAAGUCAAAUUACAAAUCACGACGAACGAUGAUAAUAUCGUAAAUUUAACUGAAAAUGAUAAUAAUAAUGAUAAUGCGAAUCACUGGUUGGUUGGGGAAUUUGAAAACGAGGAGGUCAGUUUGGCGAUUGAGCAAAAUACCGAUCACGGUGUGGUUUGGGAGUUCGAGAAUGGGGAGGGCAAUUUGGUCAUUAUUCCCAGUGUUGAUAAUGAGCCGAUCGAGGAAUUCGAGGAUGGAGAGGAAAACUUGGCGAUUAUGCCAAAUGUCGAUAACGGGACUAUCGGGGAAUUCGAGAAUGGGGAAGGUAAUUCGGUCAUUGGUCGAAAGCCAGAGAAUUGGGGAGUGAUUGACGAUGAUUUGGUAGAGUUGGCAUGGAUGGGGGGAAUUGUGGACAAGCACGUCGGGCUCGAUGCACCUUUACCGAUGGAUGAUUUCGAUGUGGGCCCAUUGCAGCAGAGUGAGAUCAACAUUGAUUUCCCCCCAAUUAGUGACGUGGAAUUUGUGGGCCAGUUGAGCGGGUUGCAGGAUUUCGACUCGUUUUUUGAAUUCGAAGCGUGGAGUGAAGGGCUCUCUUGGUAG